AUGUCUGGAGAACGUAGCCUUUCGUCGGGCACGAAGGCUCGAAUGGAUCAGGGCGUCGGCGCUGAAGAUAGGGGCGGGCUGAACCUUCGUGCCGGCACCACCCUGAUAAAAAGCGUCUCUAUAUUCUUGAUGAGUGGCCGCAAAGCCUCUGUGAACCCCAACAGACUCACUUCCGACGACAGCACGAAACACGAGCCCCGAAAAAGGCAUCGCAAAAGAAUGCCCGACGCCGGAACUACCAGAAAUUCCACGCAUACCAUCAGGCUCAUCGAAUCGUUAAAGAAAAAGACUAGGUUCUCCUGGUUCGAAUUGGAUAAUCUAUGCAAGCUGUACAAGAAACUAACCAGUUUUGGCCAGCAACAAGUAGGGCAACCGUUUAUUAUGGGUAGAAGGCAGCAAUCGAAUCAAGCUAUAGAGGGUAUAGACAGAUCGAUUUUUCGAGACUUUCUGCACAACACGUUCAAAGUGAUCACGGAAGACGCGCUGGUGGAGCGCAUAUUUUGUUGCUGGGAUCGAGAGAACGAGGGGAUCAUCAGACUCGACACAUGGGUCAUGGGGCUGGAUCUGUAUCUUCGAGGCAGUCUGCGAGAAAAGAUCGAAUUUUGCUUCAAAGUCUACGAUCUUAACAACGAUGGAUUCAUUACGAAGGACGAAAUCUUUCAAUUGUACAAGAAUUGUUUGAUAAAACAACCUGGAGAAGAAGAUCCGGACGAGGCGGUUAGGGAUCUGUCAGAAUUGACGUUGAAGAAACUGGACGUCGAUCGAGAUGGAAAAAUUUCUUUCCAAGAUUACAAAAUGGCUGUCAUGGAGGAACCUCUUUUGCUCGAAGCUUUUGGCCAAUGCUUGGCUACGGACGAGGACUGUGCUUAUAUUUUAACUACGUUGCAGAAAUAGUAUAGUUUGGUCAGUUAGAAAACGUCCUUUGGUUAGGAGAACGCUCUUCCGGACUAUAAACUCA